UUUUUUCUCGCAUUGUGUUGUCAUAUUUUGUCGUGAAAAGACGUAGUCCAUUGAGUUUUUCGUGAUUUCCAUCGUUUUCCUUCCACUAAUUUCUUGAACAACCUGUUGAAAAAGCACCACAAAGUCAUGCUUCGUGUAUCCCAGUCAUUCCUCCGGAGGAUCCAAAGCCCAGGAUCACGAGAAAUCCGAAGAUAUCUCUCAAAUUCCAGAUGUCUCGCCGCAACAGCUCAGGUGAAAGUCGACGAGGGACGUCCUGAGGCCCAGACAGCUGUAAAAAAUCACAGCUACGUUGCCAACAUUUUCCGCGGGGAACUUGAAGCAUCACAGCUAUUCCCAUAUCCGGAUGUUCUCAAUGAAGAGCAAAAGGAGCACAUUGGGAGCUUCAUUGAUCCCGUGACAAAGUUCAUGACGGAAGUCAAUGAUGCAGCAAAGAAUGACGACAGGGCUGGACUGGAUGAGGCUACGGCCAAUGGAUUUUGGGAUUUGGGUGCUUUUGCGCUCCAGGUGCCUGCUGAAAUGGGAGGGCUAGGACUCAACAAUACCCAGUACGCCAGAAUGUGUGAAGUGAUGGGAGCAUACGAUCUGGGUGCAGGAAUUGUCCUUGGGGCUCAUCAAUCAAUCGGUUUUAAGGGUAUCCUCCUCUAUGGCACGAAGGAGCAGAAAGAGAAAUAUCUACCACAAGUCAGUACGGGGAAAGUUUAUGCCGCCUUCUGCCUCACAGAACCAUCAUCUGGCUCUGAUGCUGGUUCCAUCAGAUGCCGUGCUGUUAAAUCCCCCGAUGGACGUCAUUUUAUCCUAAAUGGUUCAAAAAUUUGGAUCUCCAAUGGUGGCAUUGCGGACAUUAUGACUGUGUUUGCGCAAACGGAAGUAGAAGAUCCCCGGACGGGGAAAAAGAAGGACAAAGUGACGGCGUUUAUUGUCGAACGAGGCUUUGGGGGUGUCACCAGUGGGCCUCCUGAGUCCAAAAUGGGCAUCAAAGCAUCAAACACAGCUGAGGUGUUCUUUGAAGACGUCAAAAUCCCCGUUGAGAAUGUAAUUGGAGAGGUGGGCAAUGGAUUCAAAGUGGCAAUGAAUAUUCUCAAUAACGGACGUUUUGGGAUGUCAGCAACCCUCUCGGGAACAAUGCGGGCAUGCAUUGAGAAAGCCACCGAGCAUGUGACACAACGUGUGCAAUUCGGGCAGAAGAUCUGUGAGUACAAGGGGAUCCAGGAGAAAUUGGCCAGGAUGUCAAUGCUGCACUUUGCCACCCAAUCAAUGGCCUACAUGAUUUCCGGCAAUAUGGAUUCCGGGAGUGUGGAUUACCACCUCGAAGCAGCCAUUUCGAAGGUUUUCGCCUCCGAAGCUGCAUGGCAGGUGUGUGAUGAGUCAAUUCAGAUCCUCGGUGGCAUGGGAUACAUGAAGGCAGCCGGCUUGGAGAGAGUUUUGCGAGACUUGAGGAUUUUCCGCAUCUUUGAGGGCACAAAUGACAUCCUCCGACUCUUUGUGGCACUCACUGGAAUCCAGUAUGCUGGAUCUCAUCUGAAGGAGCUGCAACGUGCCUUCAAGAAUCCCGCUGCAAAUCUCGGAUUGAUUGUGCAGGAAUCCUCCAGACGGGCUAUACGUUCUCUCGGCUUCGGUGGCAUUGAUCUCAGUGGCUAUGUGCAUCCGAAACUGCAACCAGCUUCGAAGAAUGUUGCCGAAUGCAUAACUCUCUUUGGGCAGGCGGUGGAGUCGUUGCUAAUCAAGUAUGGAAAGAAUAUUGUGGAGGAGCAAUUUAUGCUCAAUCGUCUAGCUGAUGCUGCCAUGGACAUCUACGCAAUGAGCGUCAUCCUCUCGCGUGUCAGCCAAACCCUGACCCGAGAACUUCCAUCGGCCGAUCAGGAGCUCCUCAUGGCCGAAUGUUGGGCCGUUGAGGGAGCUGAGCGCGUCAAGAGUAACCUCCGGAAGACAAAUACUACUGCCUUCCUCGAGAUGUACGGUAAGAUGAGUCAGCAAGCCAAGAAUAUCUGCCAAGCAGGAGGAAUCGUCCACACAAAUCCCAUCAAUGUUUGAUGAUGAAAUCAUCUCUCAUCUCUCCCACAGAUCAAUGGUCUUGUAAAUCAUGUACAUAAAUCCUUCCCAUUAAUUUUUUACUUAACCCAUGCUAACGAGGUCAUAGAUCUGCUGUACCUAGGACCUUCAUUUUCUAGAAUUUGACUAAUAAGCCUAUAAGAAAUAUAAUUCCUGAAAAAAAAAUUUUUAGCCCCCAUGGGGGCGUCGGUAGACACCGUAUGAUAUAUCAUACGUUUAACGAAAGGGGGUUGAAAAAAUCUAUUUUUUUCUCAGUCUUAAAACAAAAACUUUAAUUUAUUUAAAUGCAUAAAUUACAUAAUUUAUGCUUAAAUUAAGUAUUCUGGCUAGAUUUUGGACCAGAAUUAAUUAAUUGCUCCAAUAGAACUCCAAUCCUUGGGUUUCAGAAUCAACUCACCGCGUUCUUGUAGAGUUCUAGUUCUAAGGAUAUAGAGACUGAACUUGUCGUGCUUCCCACAGUUGUCCUCAUCGCUAACAGUUGCGUAGCCAGGAAAUAAAAUAACCAUCUCAAGUUGCAUGGUUGGCUCUAGGACGGAGACUUCUUGUGAGCAUGCUGACAAGUCUCCGGACAGAGCCGGUUGUGCUAUCCUUCUUCGUUCUCAGACCUACAAAAAUCAAGAUUUUCGCUAUAAUUUUUAUAUUUCCCAGUGUUAGAUACUUUUUAAUACUUACGAUGUAUCUGAUUUAGCACUUCCUGGCAUUCCUUUUCACUGCAAUCUAUUUAUAUUUUCAUUCCCAAACCCUUAGAUCUUCCCUCACAGAAAUAAACUCGCACUUUAACCUAAAAAGUACCUCAAUUCAAUCAACGUAUGAUAUAUCAUACGCAGAUGUUUAUCGCGUAAAAUAUUAAAUAAUUUGCGGCCGGAGACGGAUAUUUUGGUUAAUUCACAAAGUUUUAUUAAUAAAUAAGAAAUUUUGCACAAAAUAAUACAGAGAAAAAGGAAAUUGUCACUUAAAAUACACACAUUUUGGUUCCCGGACAACAUUGCAAUUGGAUACACUUAGAUUUUUGUCAAAAAAUAACAUUAUUUUAUGUUUUUGACACCCAGGAAAAUUAAUAUAAAGAGUUAAGGGUUUAUAAAAGUGGAAAACACUAACCCGGAAGGAAAUUUUUGCGAAUUCGCGUCAUAAAAAUUAAACAAAAAUUACCAAUUUUGCGUAUGAUAUAUCAUACAAAAAGUGAGGAUGGGUUAAUGCAACAGCAUCAAAAUAGCACAAUAAGUGAAUUCCUGGAAAAUCUGUACAGAAAGAAUGGUUUAUUUUUUAGAAUUUUCUUUUACUUAUUACAUCCAUGCAAAAUUUCCCUCAUUUGUGUUGGUUACACUUUUUAACAGUUUUGUGAUAAAUAAAUUAUUCCUCUUGAAUUUAAAGAAAAA